AUAUGCUCCACACUUCCAUUUCAUCAUCAUCAUCUUCAUCUGGGUAUGUCUCAAAUCUUGUUUUCUUUCAGUGAAUCUCUGAGAUAAGUGAAUUGGGAUUUUAGUUGGAUUGUUUAAGAUUCGAGGUUGUUUGUUUGUUGACUUCUCUUUUGCUUUUUCCAAAUUACAUAUUGUUCUGGUGGAUCACUAGUAAAAUUGGAUUGUGUUUUUGGUGGAGUAGUUAGACCUUCUUUCUUGGAUAUAUAGAGAUGGGUUUGAGUGUUUUAUUUAGUAGUACAACUUAGCGAGAACCCUUCACUUUGUAGAUUCCGUUUUGGGCCAGGGACAGAAAGUUUGAGGAUUUUUUUCCCCUUGCUAAUGGCAUUGAGCGAGAAAAAUCCUAUGGUUGUUGCCCAUAUUUUGAUUGGGAUGGUUUUGGUUUUGCUGAGUAGUAGAAUAUCUGUGAGUAAUGCUACUGAGACUGAUUUAGCGUGCUUGAAAUCCAUCAAAGCUUCUCUGGUGGACCCUAAUAACUACUUGAACACUACAUGGAAUUUCAACAACAAUACUGAAGGCUUCAUAUGUAGAUUUAUGGGCAUUGAUUGCUGGCACCCUGACGAGAACAGAGUUCUAAAUAUCCGCCUUUCAGACUUGGGUCUUGAGGGCCAGUUCCCCCUUGGAAUCAAGAAUUGCACAAGCUUGACUGGCUUGGAUCUUUCGCACAACAAGCUAUCUGGCUCAAUCCCUGAUAAUAUCUCAGAUCUUAUCCACUAUAUUACAAACCUUGAUCUUUCAUUCAACAAUUUUUCGGGUGGAAUUCCAAAAAAUCUUGCAAAUUGUAGUUUCUUGAAUGAUCUCAAACUUGACAACAACCGGCUAACAGGCAAGAUUCCGCUGGAACUUGGCCUUCUUGAUCGGAUCAAGGAAUUUACGGUUACCAACAAUCUUCUAUCAGGGCAGAUCCCCUCAUUUGUCCAUAAUAACAUCCCAGCUGAUAGCUUUGCAAAUAAUCUGGACCUCUGUGGAAAGCCAUUGAGUACCUGUCCAGCUGUCGCGAGGAAAUCCCAUGUUGGAGUAAUUGCUGCAUCAGCCGCUGGCGGGAUAACAUUUACAUCAAUUAUUGUUGGUGUCUUUCUGUUCUACUUGUCUCGCGGAGCGGCUAAGAAGAAGGCGGAGGAUCCUGAAGGUAACAGAUGGGCAAAGAGCAUCAAGGGAACCAAAGGCAUCAAGGUUUCCAUGUUUGAGAAAUCGGUUUCAAAAAUGAGAUUGAGUGAUCUCAUGAAGGCAACCAACGACUUCAGUAAUAACAACAUCAUUGGAGCCGGAAGAACAGGACCAAUGUACAAGGCAGUGAUUUCUGAUGGUUGCUUCCUUAUGGUUAAGAGAUUGCAAGACUCUCAGCGUUUAGAGAAAGAGUUUGUAUCAGAGAUGAAGACACUUGGGAAUGUGAAACACCGUAAUUUGGUCCCGCUGCUGGGCUUUUGUGUAGCAAAGAGGGAGAGAUUUUUGGUGUAUAAAUUCAUGGAAAAUGGGACCCUUUAUGAUAAACUGCACCCAGUGGAACCUGAGAUCAGGAACAUGGAUUGGUCCCUGAGGCUCAAAAUUGCAAUUGGAGCGGCUAGAGGUUUGGCAUGGCUUCAUCAUAACUGCAAUCCACGAAUUAUCCACAGGAACAUAAGCUCCAAAUGCAUACUCUUGGAUAACGAUUUUGAGCCAAAGUUAUCUGAUUUUGGCCUUGCCAGACUUAUGAACCCAAUCGACACACAUUUGAGCACUUUCGUCAAUGGGGAGUUUGGGGACAUGGGUUAUGUUGCUCCUGAAUAUCUACGGACACUUGUUGCAACGCCCAAGGGGGAUGUUUAUAGCUUUGGUGUGGUUCUCCUGGAGUUGAUCACUGGUGAAAAGCCCACUCAUGUUGCUAAUGCCCCUGAAAGCUUCAAGGGAAGUUUAGUGGAGUGGAUCAGACAACUGACAGAUGGUCCGCUUCUUCAUACUUCCAUUGACAAGCCUUUGCUUGGAAAUGGAUUCGAUCACGAACUCAACCAAUUUCUUAAAGUUGCUUGUAACUGUGUGGUUGAGAAUGCUAAGGAGAGACCAACAAUGUUUGAGGUGCAUCAGCUCCUCAGAGCUAUUGGGGAGAGAUACCAUUUCACAACUGAAGAUGAUAUUGUGUUGCCAACUGAUACAGGUGACACUGAUUUCCCGGAUGAACUUAUUGUUGCCGAUGCAACAAAGGAAGUUUAAUGAAGAACAGAGGUGUUAAGAUUGAUAGAAAAGAGUCUGAGGCCAUCAAUUGGCACUCGCGAAAAUAUAUUCUACGUUGUAGCUGUGAUCAUAUAGGCAUAGUGUGAGUGUUUGUAACUAUAUUUGUAGCAUUUCAAGCACCUGCUUUGGUUGAAACACCAACUUUAUAUAUACCGCUGUCCUAUGCUAUUAUCAUAAAA